GAAUGCUGUCGCUCCGUCCGUAGAAAUUUAAUGAGAGUAUUAGGUGUACAAAUUAGUGAUUAUUUGUGCCAGAAUGUUAGAAAAUAAUUUAAAAUACACAAAAUGUGUAAUAUAGCAUUUCUGUGCUUCCAGUGUAUGUAAUAAUAAGAUUAGUAGGUUAACUCCAGAUCGGGCUGUCAAAUAAAGGAUAAGAAAAUUUCCAUCAAAAGUUAGAUUAGUAAGAGUUUAUCAAACUCGCUUAUAAAAUGACUUAAGGUUGUGUUUAACAUUAAAAAGACGAACAAGUAAAAUAUUUCCACAAUGGCGUUAAAGAAAGUCAAAGGCAAUUUCGAACGUAUGUUUGAUAAAAAUUUGACAGAUCUUGUGAGAGGUAUACGCAAUAAUAAAGACAAUGAGGCGAAAUAUAUAGCACAAUGUAUGGAAGAAAUUAAAAUAGAGUUAAGGCAGGACAACAUCUCCGUCAAAACUAAUGCUGUGGCUAAGUUGACAUAUUUGCAAAUGCUUGGAUAUGAUAUUUCCUGGGCUGGUUUUAAUAUCAUUGAAGUUAUGAGCUCUUCAAAGUUUACUAGCAAGAGAAUUGGAUAUCUAGCAGCCUCUCAAUCAUUUCACACAGAUACAGAUUUACUGAUGUUAACUACAAAUAUGGUUCGAAAAGAUUUAAACUCUCAAAAUCAAUAUGACGCUGGCUUGGCUUUGAGUGGACUCAGUUGUUUUAUAUCUCCAGAUUUGUCAAGAGACUUAGCUAAUGAUAUAAUGACUUUAAUGAGCUCAACAAAACCAUACUUGCGAAUGAAAGCUGUAUUGAUGAUGUAUAAAGUAUUUUUGAGGUUUCCAGAAGCUUUAAGGCCUGCUUUUCCAAAAUUAAAAGAAAAAUUGGAAGAUCCAGAUCCUGGAGUACAAUCAGCUGCUGUAAAUGUGGUUUGUGAGCUAGCUCGUAAAAAUCCAAAAAACUAUUUAUCUUUAGCACCUGUGUUUUUCAAGUUGAUGACAACAUCAACAAAUAAUUGGAUGCUUAUAAAAAUAAUUAAAUUGUUUGGGGCACUAACUCCUUUGGAACCUCGAUUGGGAAAAAAACUAAUAGAACCUCUCACUAAUUUAAUUCACAGCACAUCUGCAAUGAGUCUUCUUUACGAAUGCAUAAAUACUGUAAUAGCAGUUCUAAUAUCCAUCUCAAGUGGCAUGCCUAACCAUUCCGCUGCGAUUCAGCUCUGUGUACAAAAAUUGAGAAUAUUAAUUGAAGAUUCUGAUCAGAAUUUGAAAUAUCUUGGAUUGCUGGCAAUGUCUAAGAUUUUGAAAACACAUCCUAAAAGUGUUCAAGCUCACAAGGAUUUAAUUCUUGCUUGUUUAGAUGAUAAAGAUGAGUCAAUUCGCUUAAGGGCAUUGGAUUUAUUACAUGGAAUGGUUUCAAAGAAAAACUUGAUGGAAAUUGUGAAAAGAUUGCUAGGUCAUAUGGAACGUGCUGAAGGUUCAACAUAUAGAGAUGAACUAUUAUGCAAAGUUAUAGAAAUUUGCUCACAGGGUUCAUAUCAAUAUGUGACUAAUUUUGAAUGGUAUUUGACAGUAUUAGUGGAACUGACCCAAUUAGAUUCUGGUUCGAAACAUGGUAAAAUAAUUGCAACACAGAUAUUAGAUGUUGCGAUUAGAGUUCAGGCUGUUCGCAAGUUUGCUGUUCAAGAAAUGUCUUCAUUAAUUUCUACCAUGGUCAUUUCGAGCACGAGUGGAGGAAAUAUGUCAGAAGUUCUUUAUGCUGCAGCAUGGAUAGUUGGAGAAUUUUCUAAUGAUUUAGAAUCUCCUGAAGAUGUUCUUGAUAUACUUUUAAAACAAAGAACCCUUCCUGGACAUAUUACAGCAGUUUAUAUUCACAAUAUUAUAAAAAUAUUAUCAAAUUUAUUUGACAAGUAUGCUGAAAGUGGAGAUAAAGCAGCUAUGAUAAAGCUAUGUGAUAAGACCAUAGAGGGUCUGCCUAUUUAUUUAAUGUCUGGACAUAUUGAAGUUCAAGAACGUGCAAGUUCGGCAAUCAUGUUAGUGCAAUAUAUUAAAGAUGUGCUUCUGGGAAAAAAUCCAGAAGAGGCCACUUCAAAUGUAACUAGUGAUUUGGUAUCAACUAGUAUCACAAAUGGUGAACUUGAAACCGAAACAGAAAAUUUGUCGGUUGAUUUUGAGAUUAUCAAGGAAGUUUCAUCUUUAUUUAAAGGCGAGUUAAAUCCAGUAGCAUUGAAGGCUCAAAGAAAAGUUCAAAUUCCAGAAGGAUUGGAUUUGGAUGAGUGGAUAAAUGAACCACCUAGUGAAAGCAGUUCAUCUUCAUCAGAUGAAUGCACAGAUAUAUUUACUGCCAAUAAUAAAUUAGAUGAUGGGUAUCAAACAAGUAAGAGACAGGAGAAGGAACUAGAUCCCGAGGAAAUUAAUAAGAUUCGUGAAAUGCGGAAGUUUGAACAGAGCAAUAAUCCUCAUUAUCUUAAAGGCUCUUCAACAAAUGUUUCUUAUAAAAAGGCUAAUAGACACAAUAGAGUUGUAUAUAAUGAUUCCUCAUCAUUGAUAAAUGAAGUGGAGACAAUUCCAAUAGCGGAAUUAGCAUUAGACGUGCCUUUACAAAUUACAUCAACAAAACGUUCAGAUAAAUAUUUACAAAUGAAAUCAGAAAAAAAAUCUGAAAAGAAGAAAAACAAGAAAUCUAAGAAGAAUAAAACUAAAACAAAAGUAGAUUAUACUUCGAGUGAAAGUGAUGAAAAUACAGAUACUAAACAAGUACACAUUGUGAAUACAACUAUUGAAAUGCCAGAAGGAGCUAUAUUGUCAGACUCUGAAGAUAAAAAUCUAUCUAAACAUGAUUUUAUUGAUCCUCAUAGAGCGUUGGAUAUAGAUUUAGACAUACCACUGCGCGAGGAUGAAUUGCUUCCUACGUUAACUAAGCCCGCUACAAAACAACCUAAAAAACAUAAAAAGGAAACAUUCCUGGAAACUACAGAGAAUAAUGAGAAAAAACAUAAAUCCAAGUCUGACAAACCUAAAAAAUCAAAAGCGGCUAAGGAAGAUAAUUCAAAGGACAUUAAAAAAUCUACCCAUAAGAAUGGCAAAGACUCUCAUAGUAAACAUAAAAAGGAAAAAAAAUCUUCCAGAAAUAAAAGUGACACUAAAACUGGCUAUGAAGAAGCCAGUGGCAUAUCAACAUCUAAUCAAGAAUUUAUGUAGCAUAAUUGAUGAUCGUGUAUCAAAAAUUGCUUUUAUUUUUAUAUUUUUUAUAAUAAUUUUUGUAACG